AUGGGAAAGAAACGGAUAAAAGGAAAAAUUGUUCCAGUUGAUGAUUCUUCUGAAUCAUUAGAACCCAUGUGCAGACACAUUAGAAAAGGAUUGGAACAAGGUAUUCUGAAAAAGGCUUUAGUGAAUGUGGAAUGGAACAUUUGCCAAGAUUGUAAGACAGACAAUAAAGUGAAAAAUAAAUCUGAAGAAGAAGCAGAAGAAAACCCUUCAGUUUGGCUGUGUCUUAAAUGUGGCCAUCAGGGCUGCGGCAGGAACUCCCAGGAGCAGCACGCUCUGAAGCACUACCUGACGCCCAGGUCCGAGCCCCACUGUCUGGUGCUCAACUUGGACAACUGGAGUGUAUGGUGUUACCUAUGUGAUGAUGAGGUCCAGUAUUGUAGUUCAAACCGAUUGGGUCAGGUGGUUGAUUAUGUCAGGAAACAAGCCCAUAUUACAGCUCCAGAAUCAGCCAAAGAUAAUGGUAACAUUGAACUUGAAAAUAAAAAAUUAGAAAAGGAGAAUAAAAAUGAACAAGAGAGAGAGAAAAAGGAAAACAUGGCUAAAGAAACUUCCAUGAAUUUUACUUCUCAAAUAUCUGUGAAAGGACUCAGUAAUUUGGGGAACACUUGUUUCUUCAAUGCAGUUAUGCAGAAUUUGUCACAAACACCAGUGCUUAGAGAACUACUGAAAGAAGUAAAAAUGUCUGGAACCAUUGUAAAAAUUGAACCACCUGACUUGGCCCUGACAGAGCCCUUGGAAAUUCAUCUUGAGCCUCCGGGCCCUCUCACUUUGGCCAUGAGCCAGUUUCUCAGUGAGAUGCAGGAGGCCUCCAAGGGAGUCGUGACACCUAAGGAGCUCUUCUCCCAGGUCUGUAAGAAAGCAGUGCGCUUCAAAGGCUAUCAGCAGCAGGACAGCCAGGAGCUGCUCCGGUACUUACUGGAUGGGAUGAGAGCAGAAGAACACCAAAGAGUGAGUAAAGGAAUUCUUAAAGCAUUUGGUAAUUCUACUGAAAAAUUGGAUGAAGAACUAAAAAAUAAAGUUAAAGAUUACGAGAAGAGGAAGUCAGUGCCGAGUUUUGUGGACCGCAUCUUCGGUGGGGAGCUCACGAGCACAAUCAUGUGUGACGAGUGCAGAACGGUCUCCUUGGUUCAUGAGUCUUUCCUUGACUUGUCUCUACCAGUUUUAGACGAUCAGAGUGGUAAGAAAAAUAUUAAUGAUAAAAAUCUGAAAAAGACAAUGGAGAAUGACGAUAAAGACAGCGAGGAAGAAAAAGAUAACGACACUUACAUGAAAGAGAGAAAUGAUAUUCCGUCAGGAAUAAGCAAGCACUUGCAGAAAAAAGCAAAGAAGCAAGCCAAAAAGCAGGCCAAGAACCAGCGAAGGCAACAAAAAAUUCAAGGAAAAGUUCUUCAUUUAAAUGAUGAUGUCUGUGCCUUGGACCAUCUUGAAGAUAAUGAGUGUGAGGCUGAAAUGUCAGUUCAGGAAGAAGUGGAUAUUAAGUCCAACCAUGUCUCACAAGAGGAAGUUAUAAGUAAAGAAUAUUGUGUUAAUCCGAACGACUUGAAUGGCCAAGAGAAAGUGAUAGAAAAUGUAACUGACAAUCAAAAAUUCACAGAGGACGUAGAUGUGAAAAGUGUCAGUGUGGAUAACGACCUGGAAGUUUUGUCAUCUUCUCCCACUGACUGUCCUGGGAGUUUGAACGGUGCCUUCCUGGACGCAGGGGGCGGUGGGGAAGCGGACAUUUCUAGGGGUUUCCGGAACCUGCACUUGGAUGAUGCUCUUCACCCUGACGACAUCCAUCUGGAGAUUCUGAACGGCAGCCCUGCCCCCGGGACCACGCUGUACGAGUGUGUGGGCCAAGACCCAGAAACUGCUUUCUGUACCCUUGCAAACAGGGACGCGUUCAGUGCUGACGAGUGUUCCAUCCAGCACUGCUUGUACCAGUUCACCCAGAACGAGAAGCUCCGAGAUGCCAACAAGCUGCUGUGUGACGUGUGCACCCGGAGACAGUGUGGUGCAGCAAAAGCAAACCUAAAAGGUGAAAAGAAACAUGUUUACACCAAUGCCAAAAAGCAGAUGUUAAUUUCUCUCGCUCCUCCUGUUCUCACUCUUCAUUUGAAGCGAUUUCAGCAGGCCGGUUUUAACCUACGCAAAAUUAACAAGCACAUAAAAUUUCCGGAGAUCUUAGAUUUGGCUCCUUUUUGUACUGCUAAAUGUAAGAAUGUUGCUGAAGAAAGCACCAGGGUGCUGUACUCCCUGUAUGGAGUCGUGGAGCACAGCGGUACCAUGAGGUCCGGGCACUACACUGCCUACGCCAAGGCAAGAACGGCGAACAGCCGCCUGUCUGACCUUGUUCUCCGUGGGGAUGUCCCCCAAGAUUUUGAAAUGGAGUCAACCAAAGGGCAGUGGUUUCACAUCAGCGACAGCCACGUGCAAGCUGUGCCUACAGCUAAAGUCCUGAACUCACAAGCAUACCUCCUGUUUUAUGAAAGAAUUUAA